ACACACACUCUUCGUGCAGAGAAAGGGAGAGAGAGGCGUCCUCCUCGAAUCGAAUCCCCAUGGAACGCCGCCGCCGGCUGGCCGGAACCCCCCCGCGGUGCUAGCAAGCGAGGGGAAAGGAGAUUGAUUGAUGGGGGCGAGCAUCGCCGGGGACCGGAGUGGAGGAGGAAGAAGGAAGGGCGAAGGUUGCUCGCGCCAGCGGCGCGUGGACGACGUGCGGGCGGCGGAGUCUCCGGAGGCCGGCCAGUACUACUCCGACCGACGUGUGAGCGCAGCUGUACUACCACCGCCAAAAUCCCUUUACUCCCAUAUACAUGUAGACGCGUUUUAGUGUGUAGGCUUAGAUGGGUUUGUAGUAUACUCACAUUGCUAUCACCCCUGCUUCUGUUUUCAACUUUUCAUCCUAAGAGCAGGAUUUUUGUUUCCAUUUGAGUGCGACUUACUUGGGCAUAACACACAAUUAACACUUCUUUUUUAACACCAGUGGUGCACAAUUAAGGAAGCAUUAGCCAUGGAUGCAAAAGCACAAGUACAGUACCUUUUAUUUGUCUGGCAUGUUCUUUAUUUUUGUUUGAGCAUAGAAUACUUGUCGAGCACUACUUCUAGUCAACCAGACCCACACUGCCGACAUGGGCGUCCUCCUUAAACCACACAUAACGCUGACUGAUGACCGCCAGUUUCAGCAUCUGGAGACUUUGCUGACCGCCAGUUGAAAUUGUUGACUGAUUGGAUAGCUCAUGUAUACAUGUGCGGCACAAAUUGUUGACUUUGGUUCUGCUGCCGAUAUAUGCAGUAUAAAUUCACCACUACUAUCAGUGUUCAUUGCACAGCUAAACAGCCAGACAGACAGUCUUGGCUCAAUGGCCACUCCAUCAUCAUCUGCCCAUAUUACCAUCUUCAUGACAGUACUGUUGUUUGCCGUCUCAGCUUCUCCGUCUUCUUCGAGUCUGACCAACGGCAGCGACACCGACCUCGCUGCGCUGCUGGCUUUCAAAUCCCAGCUCGCCGAUCCUCUUGGCAUCCUCGCUGGCAACUGGACUAGUGACACGUCGUUCUGCCAAUGGAUUGGUGUCUCCUGCAGCCGCCGCAGGCAGCGUGUCACUGCUCUACUGUUGCCCGGCAUGCCUCUCGUUGGAUCCGUGGCACCUCACCUUGGUAACCUCUCUUUCCUCUCUGACCUCAACCUAACCAACGCCAAUCUCACGGGAUCCAUCCCCGUUGAGCUUGGCAGGUUAUUUCGACUUAGAUCACUCGAUCUUGGUCAAAAUAGUCUUUCGAAUUCUAUUCCUGCUGCCCUAGGAAACCUCAUAAGGCUCAAGUUUCUUUAUCUACCUUCGAACCAACUGUCAGGACAAAUUCCUUCUGAGUUGUUACUGCACAUGCACAACCUUGAGAAAAUUUCUCUGAAAAUGAAUUUUCUCAGUGGCCACAUACAUCCUUAUCUAUUCAAUAAUACUGCUUCCUUGAUGUACAUCCACUUUGCAAACAACAGCCUAUCAGGUCCUAUACCACACUCCGUGGCCUCCCUGUCCAGGCUCCGGUUCUUGAACCUGCAAUCCAAUCAGCUUUCUGGCCCAGUGCCACAAGCCCUGUUCAACAUGUCUAGGUUGCAAGCUUUCAUACUCGGGAUCAACAAUAAUCUAACUGGACCAAUUCCUGGAAACAAAAGUUUUAGCCUCCCAAUGCUACAAAUUUUUGAAUUCAGUAAUAACAAAUUUGGUGGUCCAAUUCCAUUAGGUCUUGCAUCAUGUCAGUACCUAGAACACAUUUCCUUGUCCUACAAUAUUUUUGAGGAUGUUGUGCCAACUUGGCUAGUAAAUCUGCAAAACCUCAAAGUACUUUCCUUGGGUCGUAAUAAUCUUGUUGGUUCAAUCCCAGCUAUUCUCAGUAAUCUCACCAAUCUUAAUGCCCUAGAUCUCUCUUUAGGAAACCUCAAAGGGGAGAUUCCACCAGAAAUAGGUUUAAUGCAAGAACUCUCGUUUCUGCAUCUUGGGGGCAACCAACUAGUAGGUACAAUUCCAUCUUCCCUUGGAAAUUUAUCCAGAUUAUCUUACCUAUAUUUACAAGCAAAUCAGUUGUCUGGCUCAGUACCAGCAACGCUAGGGAACAUUGCACCUUUGAUUAGGCUUCUUUUGUAUGAGAACAAUUUAGAGGGUAAUACAGACUUCUUGUCAACUCUUUCCAAUUGCAGACAGCUCCAACUCCUAUCCAUACAGGCCAAUUCAUUCACAGGCAGCCUCCAUCACCAUGUCGGAAACCUAUCUGCCCAAUUAAUGACUUUCGACGCAAGUCGAAACAUGUUAACAGGUGGACUUCCAGCUACCAUCUCAAACUUAAGCAGGCUUCAGUUGAUGAAUCUUUCUGACAACCUACUCACGGAGCCAAUCCCAGAAUCCAUCACCAUGAUGCAAAACCUCGUGUGGCUUGAUAUCUCCUUCAAUGACAUUUCAGGCCCUGUUCCAACACAAAUUGGUAUGCUGGAGAGUCUGGAACGGUUGUAUCUCCAAAGAAACAAACUUUCUGGUUCUAUACCAAACAACCUUGGUAACCUUAGCAGGUUAGAAUACAUUGACAUGUCCAAUAACAAAUUAAUUUCCACGCUACCUACAAGCAUAUUCCACCUAGAUAAACUUAUCGAAUUAAAUCUUUCUCACAAUUCAUUUGACGGUGCCCUGCCGGCUGAUGUUGUCGGGCUAAGACAGAUUGAUCAAAUGGACCUUUCUUCCAACUUAUUCGUUGGGAGCCUUCCAGCAUCAUUCGGACAAUUUAAGAUGCUCACCAUCUUAAAUCUAUCACAUAACCUUUUCGAAGGUCCAAUUCCAGACCCAUUUGAACAGCUAACUAGCUUAGCAUCAUUUGAUGUCUCCUCUAAUAAUCUACAAGGUACCAUUCCCAGGUUCCUUGCCAAUUUUACCUACUUGACUACCUUGGACCUCUCCUUCAAUAGGCUAGGUGGCCAGAUACCAGAGGGAGGUGUUUUCUUGAAUCUCACAUUGCAAUCAUUUAUUGGGAAUGCCGGGUUAUGUGGCGCUCCACGCCUAGGAUUUUCUUCAUGUCUUGACAAAUCUCAUUCAAGUAAUAGACAUUUCCUAAAAUUUCUACUCCCAGUUGUCACCAUAGCAUUUUGCAGUAUUGCCAUUUGUUUAUACUUAUGGAUUGGAAAGAAACUUAAAAAGAAGGGAGAGGUCAAAAGUUAUGUUGAUCUAACUGCUGGCAUUGGCCAUGAUAUAGUCUCCUAUCAUGAGCUCGUCCGCGCCACCAACAAUUUUAGUGAAGAAAACAUCUUGGGAACGGGAAGCUUUGGAAAAGUCUUCAAGGGACAUAUGAACAGUGGCUUGGUGGUCGCUAUAAAAGUUCUGGACAUGCAGCUGGACCAGGCUAUCCGAAGUUUUGAUGCCGAAUGUCGAGUCCUUCGCAUGGCACGGCACCGCAACCUGAUACGGAUACACAACACCUGUUCUAACCUAGACUUCAGAGCGCUUGUGCUUCCGUACAUGCCGAAUGGCAGCUUAGAGACGCUCCUACACCAAUCUCAUACUACAAUUCACUUGGGGUUCCUUGAGAGGCUGGGCAUCAUGCUCGAUGUGUCGAUGGCAAUGGAAUAUUUGCACCAUGAGCACUACCAGGUGAUAUUGCACUGUGACUUGAAGCCUAGCAAUGUGCUUUUUGACGACGACAUGACUGCACAUGUGGCAGACUUUGGCAUUGCCAGGUUGCUUCUAGGUGAUGACAACUCCAUGAUAUCUGCGGGCAUGCCUGGAACAAUAGGGUACAUGGCACCAGAGUAUGGGUCUCUUGGAAAAGCAUCACGGAAAAGUGACGUGUUCAGCUAUGGGAUCAUGCUCCUUGAAGUAUUCACGAGAAGGAGGCCGACAGAUGCAAUGUUCGGCGGAGAACUAAGCCUUAGGCAGUGGGUUGACAAGGCAUUUCCUGGAGAGCUUAUCCAUGUCGCUGAUGUCCAAUUACUUCAAGACUCCUCUCCCUCUAGCUGUAGUGUGGACAACGACUUUCUUGUGCCCGUAUUCGAGCUAGGUUUGCUAUGCUCUUGUGAAUUGCCCGAGGAAAGGAUGACGAUGAAGGAUGUGGUUGUGAAGCUCAAGAAGAUCAAAACGGAGUACAGCAAACGGAGAGCGGCGGUGCACACUGCAGAGUGCCGCACAUCAGCACAGCAGUGAUUGAUCACCCUUUUUAUAUCCAUCAAUGUCUCUUUGUGGAUUCCUUUAUAUUUUCUCUUCGGAUAGGUCAGGAUGUAUCAGGUAUCAGUAAACUAGUCAAACAACAUACGACCUUAUUUUUAUAAGAACAAAAACAACUGUCAUUACGUCAUUUUAUGGGAAGAUGAAAAUAUUUAGCGCUCUGUGA